GAGUGUUGUUUCAAUGAAUAGAAAUGCGGAAUCAUUUGGUUUUGUCGAUAUGUUGUUGAAUAUAUAAGUGGUUGAAUUGAACACCCGUGUCAUAACGACUGUCGUUUUCCGGUUGCGCGAAGACAAAUACGCUACAUUCAACUGUUUGCGCCAUAUUUGAAUAUCGACGUGGAAAGUUGAAUGCUUAAAGCUUAGAUCGAGGGUUAAGAUUGUUUUGUGUGGUAAUACUUGUGUAACCAUGGUUGAGAACAUGCAUGUGUUGGAACCGGAAGCCGCUCAUCUGGUCGAUCAAAGUGUUCCGACUUAUAAUAAAACGAAUAAUGCAAGUCCUUUGAGGAAAUUGAAAUGUUGGGUUCUCGGACUGGGAAUAAACAGUGAAAAUCUUCUGAUUAUUCUCACGAUUACAGGAGUGUUGCUCGGGGUCGCUCUGGGGUGCACACUCAGAAAAAUGUCUUUGUCUGACGAAGCAAUCAUACUGGUCAAGUUUCCCGGAGAAAUGUUGAUGAGAAUGCUCAAAAUGCUUAUUAUUCCUAUUAUUGUAACCAGCGUAAUAACCGGGCUCUCUAAUUUGGAUUUGAAAAAAAGUGGUCGAAUGGGAGCCCAUGCUAUUGCUUAUUAUGUGGCAACAACAACAUUAGCGGUCAUACUUGGUGUUGUUCUGGUCUCCAUUAUACAACCUGGUAAUCAAAAACGAUUUUCUUUAAACAAAGCAGCUGAACAACGAGUGAUAUCUACACUGGAUACAUUCUUGGAUCUAAUCAGAAAUCUGUUUCCGGAAAAUAUCGUUGCAGCUUGUUUACAAGUGGCUCAAACACAAUUAACAAGAUCGGAGGAAAUGAUGGGAAACUCAUCCAACAUUAGCUCGAUCAAUAACUCGACAAUAAUGAACAAAUCUCUUGACUACAAUCAGUCAAAAAUAUUAAAAGUUGAGCGUAAACUGGAACAGAUUCCAAAUGCCAAUGUUUUAGGAAUAAUUAUAUUCUCGGUGUUUUUCGGUGUAACGUUGUCAAACCUGAAAGAAGAAGGAAAAAUUGUUACGGAAUUCUUUUCUGUCAUGAAUUCAAUAUUUAUGAGGAUGAUAACUAUUAUUCUAUGGUAUUCUCCAAUUGGAAUAUGUAGUUUGUUAGCGGGAAACUUACUCACACUCGGUGGUGUUCAAGAUUUAAUUGAAUCGCUGGGCAUGUAUAUGCUAACAGUUAUUGCUGGGUUGAUGAUCCAUUUACUGAUCACAUUGCCAAUCAUUUACGUGGCAAUAACACGAAAGAAUCCAUUCCGAGUAUAUUAUGCAACUUCCCAAGCAUUUUUAACUGCACUUGGAACUGCUUCAAGUGCUGGAACUUUGCCUCUAAGCAUCCAGUGUUUGGAAGAAAAUUUAGGUAUUGAUAAAAGGGUCACCAAGUUUGUUUUGCCACUCGGUGCAACUAUGAAUAUGGACGGAACAGCUUUAUUGGAAGGUGUGGCAGCCAUCACCAUUGCACAAAUGUACCAAUACAGUCUAAGUGCCGGACAAAUUGUAACAAUCAGUGUUACUGCAACAUUUGCAAGUAUUGGAGCCGCUGCAAUACCAAGUGCAGGAUUGGUAACAUUGGUUCUUGUCUUGUCAGCAAUUGGAUUGCCCUCAGAAGCAGUGGGAUUACUGUGGUCCAUUGAUUGGCUUCUUGAUCGAAUUCGAACUUCUGUAAACGUGAUGGGUGAUUGCAUUGGAGCUGUCAUUGUCCAACAUCUUAAUAAAGAACUCCUUGCUGAGGAUAAUUUGAUUGCUGUAGACUCAUUAUCUGAGGAAAAACAAAGUUACCCUAACCAAAUAUCCAUCGUGGAAACCACAUCAUAAACAAUAUUGUCGUGAAUAUUAUUUAAUGUAACUAUUAUUGUGGUGUCGAUGUUAGUAUUAAAAUGUAUUUAAAACAAGAGAUCAAAGAUUCAA